CUCACUGAUAUUUUCACCGCAAUAUUACGUCCAUUGGCUUUUGCUGUUCCAAUUUAUAUAUCUUCAGCAUGGAUGCUGAAGCUCACAAACUUUCCUGCCAUCCCCGUCGCUGUUCUCGAAUGCCUUUGCUGUAGAUCAAAAGUACCCUGAUUUUCCGUGGAAUCAAUCAGUGGCUGGUAGCUGCGAAACAAGAAAAUAAGCGGGUAUGGAUCCAGGAUCCGACUCCGAAUCCUAUUGCUACUACUCCGUGCUUGGGAUUCGCAAGGACGCCUCCUUCUCCGACGUUCGCUCCGCCUACCGCAAGCUCGCUCUGAAAUGGCACCCGGAUAGGUGGGCGAAGAAUCCAACGGCGUCCGGAGAAGCCAAACGCCGGUUCCAGAGAAUUCAAGAGGCCUACUCAGUGUUGUCGGACAAGGAGAAGAGGUCGUUGUACGACGCCGGUUUCCUCGAUCUCUUUGAGGAAGAUGAGGGCAUGGGAGACUUCCUCCACGAUUUGAUGAGUAUGAUGGAAAAGAACGCUGGCGCUGAGGAGGAGAGCCUAGAGGAUCUGCAGAGAACAUUUCUGGAUUUGUUCGGUGAGGAUCUGGCUUAUAUGAUUCGAGACGGUAAUGAUCCAAGGGUAAGGAAGAGGUCACGACUCACCGGGAGCAACGCACGGGUUGCAUCCAAGCGCCGCACCAGUACGUGAUUUGUCUUGUCUGCCUCUGCCCCCGUCCGACUCUUGUAGUUACCUUCGACGUUUUUAUCGUUGACAAAUUAACGACUUUAGUGAAACCAAUCGGACUACUUAAGUUUUAAUGUCUGUGACGUCUUUGAAUAAAUUGUUAGAGAGCACCUCCUCUUUUUCUUUUUUA